CAUCACGCAAGUGUCAGCUCCCUGAAGAGGAACAAGCCCGCAUCACUUUACAUGACAAAACUGGUGAAAGCCCCGCCGCCGCCGCCGCAUCCUGCCGGGGACGUGACGGCCCACACGCCCGCGCGGGCCUCGUCAUCGCUCAUUAGCAUGCGAGCACAUCCGCGCUCUUAAAAAGGCGGAGCCGCCUCCGCACCGCACCACUUCUGCGGAAAAGCAGCGCUCCGGAGCGGCGGACACAUUCCAGCUCGAGUUUCAAGCCCUUCACUCAAAGCCUAAAGAUGUCCACCAAAGACAAACUGAUCAGUCAUGUGAUGAAGGAGGAGCCUAUCGGCAGCAGGAACAAGGUGACGGUGGUGGGCGUCGGAAUGGUGGGCAUGGCCUCGGCAAUGAGCAUUCUGCUCAAGGACUUGUGCGAUGAACUGGCUCUGGUUGACGUGAUGGAGGACAAGCUGAAGGGCGAAGCCAUGGACCUGCAGCACGGAUCUCUUUUCCUGAAGACGCACAAGAUUGUGGCUGACAAAGACUACAGUGUGACUGCCAACUCCAAAGUGGUGGUGGUGACCGCCGGAGCCCGUCAGCAGGAAGGAGAGAGCCGUCUCAACCUGGUGCAGCGCAACGUCAACAUCUUCAAGUUCAUCAUCCCAAACAUCGUCAAAUACAGCCCCAACUGCAUCCUCAUGGUUGUGUCAAACCCAGUUGACAUCCUGACCUACGUGGCCUGGAAGCUGAGCGGCUUCCCGCGCCACCGCGUCAUCGGCUCCGGCACCAACCUGGACUCAGCCCGAUUCCGCCACCUCAUGGGAGAGAAGCUCAACAUCCACCCAGCGAGCUGCCAUGGCUGGAUCAUCGGAGAGCACGGAGACUCCAGUGUCCCGGUGUGGAGCGGCGUAAACGUGGCCGGCGUCUCUCUUCAGGGUCUCAACCCAAAGAUGGGGGUCGAAGGUGACCCCGAGAACUGGAAGGAGGUCCACAAGCAGGUGGUGGCCGGAGCCUACGAGGUGAUCAAACUGAAGGGCUACACCUCCUGGGCCAUCGGCAUGUCUGUGGCCGACCUGGUGGAGAGCAUCACAAAGAACCUUCACAAAGUUCACCCAGUCUCAACACUUGUGCAGGGCAUGCACGGCGUGAAGGACGAGGUCUUCCUCAGCAUCCCUUGUGUCCUGGGCAACAGUGGUCUGACCGACGUCAUCCACAUGACACUGAAGGCUGAGGAGGAGAAGCAGCUGAUGCAGAGCGCAGAGACCCUUUGGGGAGUUCAGAAGGAGCUGACUAUGUGAAGCGCGCGUCUGUGAUUUCUGUCCGUAACUCCAUGUGUGUGUCCCUGCUGGAGCGGGUGAAUGACUCCUGAGAAUAUCUACAAAAGUGUGUAGCUAAGCCAGUGGAAUCUUGUUACCUCCUGAUAUUCAUGCAUGGCUGUCAUUCCCCUGCACUGUCUCCCCCCUUUCCCACCCAAAUCCUUGUGUUUGACUGAACCGUCAUGUCCAGCUCCGUCUCUGGAGGACAGAGUAGAGCAUCUCUGUGUCGUUCUGUGUUAACUCCACGUACUGUAAUUGUUGUUACUGCUGCAGCUUCCUCCGCACACUCCUCCUGUAUGUCGCCAGAUGUUUGGAGUUCUCUGGAGUUAAACGGAGACAUUCCAACUGCAAAGAGGAGCGCUUCCUGUCCAAACAUGACACUGCUAUACAUCGUCAGUGGUACCAUCGGGGAACGCUAGCUCCACCAGUUAGCAGUGACGCCUUCGUAUUAACCACAAGUGCACUGAUGGGAAGAUAAAUAAAUUUUGCACCUUCUAACAUAGUUUUAACUGUUUCUGAAGGUGUAUAUGCACCAUAAACAGUCUGAUCAUGCGUUAUUCUCAUAAAAAAAGGGCAUCACAAGUUAAAUAAAGUGGUGUUUUUAUUUUUUAGACCUAUUUAUGUAUUUAUGGCACAUUAUUUAUCUGUCAAGCACCAGACCUACUGAGAGACUAUAUGGAUGUCAUUUGUUGUAGCAUUGAAUAAACCUGCCAGGAUGAUGAUGUUC